AUGUUCAAACGUCAAAAACAUCACGGAAACAAUGUCCAUGCCAACGAAGAAGAAGAGCAUCCUCUCCGAACCCAUGGCCUUUUAGAACUUCCUCUCCACUCUCUCCACAUUGUGUUCAAUCUUCCCAUUCUCACUACUGUUUUCGGAGUUCAUGGUAUUGUUUUAUAUCCCUAUAUUUUGUUUGCCUUGCCAAAGGAAAACAUGUAUCAAGAACUCAUUCAACAUGAAUUGAUUCAUGCCCGACAAAUCCAACGAGAUGGAUUUUUCUACUUUUAUUUACGUUAUGCUUUAGAAGUCGGUUAUGGAAUUUUACAGAAAUGUUAUUCAUCACUCAUCAUGAUGAUUUCAUCAUGGUUUUAUCAAAACACAAAUGAUGAAACCAGUAGUAGUAGGAGGAGGACGAGUACUCGUCGAUCAACUCUCAUGGCUCAGCAAGAUCGGAAUACUUCAGAACGAACGACUAAUUUCUUUGAAUCAUUGAUGAAAGGCUUGAAUCAGAUCAUGACCAAAGUGAGUUAUGAAAAAGAAGCCUAUUCGUUGGAACAUAUUGAGCUGUAUGAAUCGGAAAAGGCUUACUUGAAGGAACAUUUGGAUGGGUUGGAUAUUGAUGAAUUGAUGAGCGAAAGUGAAUGGCAUGCAAGUAGUAGAAAAAGAAGGAACCGAAAAACAAAGAAAAACGAUGAUGAAUGGGAAGAUGUUGAUGAGUAA